AUGUCGGGAUUUUCGAACAAUUCCUUUCCACCUUCUAAUUGUCAGACCAUUUCGGAAUUUAAAAUUACACGAGAAUAUAAUGUUGACAGUACAACCACCAGGACUACGGCUUCUAGUAGUGGUAGUACGAAUAAUAAUGGAGAAGUAGAAAUAUGUAUGAAAUAUGAUAAAGAUAAGUUCGAUGCUGGAACUAAAUUAGGAGUUAGUGAUGAUGAACGUAAGAAUAAAGAAUUUAUGAAAGCAUUCAUUUCAACAAUUAAUUAUGAUAACUCGUAUUUUAAUAGUAAUUCACAUAAUGGAUCACCAUGUAGUGUGAAUUCGACUAAUAAUAAUAACUGGGUAUGGAAAAACAUAACAACACAUCGUAAUGCUAAAGCAGGAUUAAAAAAUAUCUAUGAAAAUACAAUAGGUAUUCCUCCAAGAACACAAAGUUUAUGUCUAGGUAAUUUGAAAAAUAUAAAAAUUAAUGCUCUUGAUAAUGAGUAUGAUAAUAGUCUUUUAUUAUUUGAAUGGAUAAUUGCUGCAAAACUUGAAGGACAAAAAUUGGCGUAUCAGUAUAAGACUAAUAGUGAUAAAAACAAUUUAUGUAAAGCAUUAGGGUACAGUUAUGCCGAUUAUGGAGAUUUGAUAAAAGGAACAAGUAUAUGGGGAAAUGGUUAUACAGUACAACUUGAAACAAAUUUAAAACACAUAUUCCAAACUGUUUUCAACAAACAUAUUCAACAAAACGGAAAAACACCUGCUGGUUCAAAUAAAUAUCCAGACGAUUUGACAUUAUUAAGAGAAACAUGGUGGAACACGAACAAACAAUAUAUAUUGGGAGCGUUGAUCGUUGGUGCAGAACAGUCCGCAGGAGAAAAAGAUUCAUCGUGUGUAGCACAAAUGAAAAAAUCUCCUCCAACGACCGAUUAUAUCCCUCAAUUUUUAAGAUUUGCACAGGAAUGGGUCGAACAUUUUUGCGAAAAACGGAAAGAUUUUGCAGACAAUGUUGUGAAUAAAUGUCAAAAAUGUAUAGAAGAAGCAACAGAAUAUCAUAAAACGUCAAAUGUUGAUAAAAAUGGUACAAAU